GGCUCUCGCCGCAUCCCGGGCAGCGCCCCCACUCGGCGCCCGGCACGGAACUGGUGCGGGGCUGGGCCGGCCCGGAGGAGCCGGAGGGGCGGGGCCGCCGCGCCAGCUCCCCCUCCCCGCCUCCCGUCGCCUUCUCCUCCUCGCGCUUCCCGGGCUCAGAGCGGCGGCAGCAGCGGCCGCGGCAACAGCUUUGGCUCCGGCUCCUCCCGCUCCCGCUCCCGCUCCCGCUCCGGGCCCGCUCGGCCCCACGCGCCCGGGCCCCGCGCCCCGACCCCGCCGCCGCGCCUGCCGGGGGCCUCGGGUGCCCCCGCCGCCCGCCUCACGCUGAAGUUCCUGGCCGUGCUGCUGGCCGCGGGCAUGCUGGCGUUCCUCGGUGCCGUCAUCUGCAUCAUCGCCAGCGUGCCCCUGGCGGCCAGCCCGGCGCGGGCGCUGCCCGGUGGCGCCGACAACGCCUCGGGCGCCGCCGCGUCCCCGGGCCCGCAGCGCAGCCUGAGCGCGCUGCACGGCGCGGGCGGCUCGGCCGGGCCCCCAGCGCUGCCCGGGGCUCCGGCGGCCAGCGCGCACCCGCUGCAGCCCGUGCCCCUCUUCAGCCGCUUCCUGUGCACGCCGCUGGCGGCUGCCUGCCCGUCGGGGGCCGAGCAGGGGGACGCGGCGCCGAGCGAGCGCGAGGAGCUGCUGCUGCUGCAGAGCACGGCCGAGCAGCUACGCCAGACGGCGCUGCAGCAGGAAGCGCGCAUCCGCGCCGACCAGGACACCAUCCGCGAGCUCACCGGCAAGCUGGGCCGCUGCGAGAGCGGCCUGCCGCGCGGCCUCCAGGACGCCGGGCCCCGCCGCGACGCCAUGGCCGACGGGCCCUGGGACUCGCCCACGCUCAUCCUCGAGCUGGAGGACGCCGUGCGCGCCCUCCGGGACCGCAUCGACCGCAUCGAGCAGGAGCUUCCAGCCCGGGUGAACUUCUCAGCGGCCCCAGCCCCCGCGCCCGUGGUGCCCACCACCCUGCACUCCAAGAUGGACGAGCUGGAGGGGCAGCUGCUGGCCAAGGUGCUGGCGCUGGAGAAGGAGCGCGUGGCCCUCGGGCACAGCAGCCAGCAGCAGCGGCAGGAGGUGGAGAAGGAGCUGGACGCCCUGCAGGACCGUGUAGCGGAACUGGAGCACGGGUCCUCAGCCUACAGUCCCCCAGAUGCCUUCAAGAUCAGCAUCCCCAUCCGCAACAACUACAUGUACGCCCGCGUGCGGAAGGCACUGCCCGAGCUCUACGCCUUCAGCGUCUGCGUGUGGCUGCGGUCCAGGUCGGGCGGCACUGGCCAGGGCACCCCCUUCUCCUACUCGGUGCCGGGGCAGGCCAACGAGAUUGUGCUGCUGGAGGCAGGCCAUGACCCCAUGGAGCUGCUGAUCAAUGACAAGGUGGCCCAGCUGCCCCUGAGCCUGAAGGACAAUGGCUGGCACCACAUCUGCCUCUCCUGGACCACAAGGGACGGCCUGUGGUCUGCCUACCAGGAUGGAGAGCUGCGGGGCUCCGGUGAGAACCUAGCCGCCUGGCACCCCAUCAAGCCUCAUGGGAUCCUUAUCCUGGGCCAAGAGCAGGAUACCCUCGGUGGCCGGUUUGAUGCCACCCAGGCCUUCGUGGGUGACAUUGCCCAGUUUAACCUCUGGGACCACACCCUGACACCUGCCCAGGUCCUGGGCAUUGCCAACUGUACGGGGCCGCUGCUGGGCAACAUCAUCCCCUGGGAAGACAAGCUGGUGGAGGCCUUUGGGGGUGCAACGAAGGCCGCCUUUGAUGUCUGCAAGGGACGGGCCAAGGCAUGAGGGGCCACCUCAUCCAGGGCCCCUCCCUUGCCUGCCAAUUCGGGGGCCUUCCGGGGCAGGGUCACAUUGCUUCCUCAGCCUACCCACAUACUGGCCUCCUUUCUUGCCCCACUCCUGGCCACGCCUCCCGUUUCCGCCACCUAUACCCACACCUCCACAGCGACCUGCCCUUGAUGGCUGUCCCCUAAUCCCACUCAGAUGAGGACAAGCAGCUCAAGUCAACAGGUCAAGCCUGGGGUGAGUCCAGGGCCUGGCAGUGGGUGCGUAGCAGUGCCCACGGCUCUUCCCCCCCCCCCUCCGCUGGCAUGAGAGUGGAGCCAUCUCUCACCUCCCACUCCACCCUGUCCACCACAACUGAUUCCACUGAUCUCACAGCUCCUCCCGUGAGUUCGUGUAUGGGGGACGGGCCCACUAUCUCAGCGGCAAGGCUGGUUAUCUGCCCUCUUGUCCCCCAUGCAACAGGCCUGUCCCCUUCCUCUUCAGGGCCAUAACAGGCUAUAGAGCUGUCCCCCAGCUGAGAGGGAAUGACAGAACCAUGGGAGACUCCAAUUCAGCCCUCCUUUAUCUUUCUGCCAGCUGCCGGUCAAGGCCAGUGGGAUCCUGAUGGAGCCUCUCCCCCGCCCCACCCCCACCUGCACCCCCCUCUUCCUCCUCUUUCCUUGUUUCUUCGUGUGCAGUGGUUUGAAUGUUGGUUCCAUGCCUGGCCCAGCCCCACCUCAAUUUCCAGGACACUCCCUUCCCCGCUCCAGCCUGGAGGGUUAGGGACCAAGACUCCGGGAGGCCAAAGGGCCAUAGUCACCCCUUGCGCCCAUCCACAGCUGUGCCCACUGGCAUGGUCACCUCUCCCCUUCUGCAGCCAGGACAGGGCCUGGGCCACUUCGGCCUGGGCUGGAGACAGCAUGGAACAGAGGCACAUUCCCCAGGGGACCCACAAUAGCUACCCGCUCUGCAUGGCCCUGCAGCCUUGGGGGAGGAAAGAAGGAGCCGGGAGGGUAGGGAGAAGCAUGGAGUAGUGUGCAGAGCACUGGAUGAGGAGGGGGCGCGCUUGGUCCCCGGUCAGCCCUGCUGCAAACCUGCCCUCUCCGGGCUGACCUUCCUCGUUUAUGAACCGAGGCCCUUGCUUCGGUCAUUUCUGAGCGCUCUCCAGAUCAAAAGUGAGAUGGUCUGUGAUUUCAGGUGGAUAGGGUGGGACAAGCCUGAGAACCUGCCCAAGGACUGAGGGGCACAGCAGGGGCACGUCCUGGGACUGGGCAGCAGAUGGGAUCUGGCUAGGCUGGGACAGGGUCAGAAGCUGGCUCCAAAGAGUCAGGGGCAAGGGCAAGGGUCAAAGCAGACCAACCUCAUACACAGAUUGUAAAGAUCAGCUCUUCUGGAUUCCCCCAGCCUGGCACCCUUGCCUAUCUGAGUGUCUCAAAGGGCCGGUGGCCUCCUGGUUCCUACCCUUGAGUCCCCACCAGCUCCCUCAAGAGAGUAGAAGAAUAUCAGAGCUGAGAAAAGCCACCCAGUCUGACCUCUUGCUUGUACAGAUGGAGAAGAGCUCAGAGAGGGCAAGUGACUUGCACAGGAUCACACAGCACGAUGGAGCAGAGCCAGGACUGGAACCCAGUGCUCUUUCCCCCACACCCUGUUUCCUGCCCAUGAGAGUCUUUGAGUCCAGCCUAUACCUGAGAGAAUGGAUAUCUGAGAGGUCAGAAUGCCUUCCAGCAUGCCCACUGGCCCACCUUCCUUUAUGAAACAUACAAACGUCUUGGCACUCCCACCCCCCGCCCCCAGGAGGUAGGGGAGGAGAGGUGUGAUCCCCGGGCACUCUGGCAGGAAUGGAGACCUGAGAACACAGGUGUCCCUCCUCUUGCCAGUCACCUACCAGGUGUCUGGGCGGCUGUUGGCUACCUGAGUCAGAUGGGCACUGGUGGCUUUUUGCCCCCCUUUUGGGUCCCUGUCUCCGCUCCCCACGUCCACUUAGCCUGAGGCACUAGGCAAGAGCUGCAGACUGUGGGUCCCAGGGCCAUGGAGGCUCUUCCAAAACUUGUCGCUUCCAGCCCUCAGAUCCUCGUUUCCAUUUCAAGAGCACAGAAGGACCUUUCAGCCCCUCCAGCCCAACUCCGCCUAGAAGGAGUGAUGGUGCACUUCAGCCGGAACCUGCCGAGA